UACGUAGACUCUACUGCCCUCGACGCUGCCUGCCCGAUCGUGUUGUUGUUGGAACUCAAGCGAUAGCUUCCCGAAUCUUACUCCUAAAAAUUUCGCCAAAGCACUUUUAUUGUCUACAAUAAAUCGUCGGACGGAUAAAGAGAUGGCACAUACCUAUACGAGGAAAAAAGUGUUGCUCGGUUGCACCGGUAGCGUGGCUACCAUCAAACUGCCGGAGCUAGUGCACAAGCUGCUGGACAGGGAUAUGGAGGUGAGGGUAGUCGUAACGGAGCGAGCCAAGCACUUCAUAAAGGACGUGGACUUGCCGCCGGGCGUUCAAGUGCUGUCCGACACGGUGGAGUGGGCGGCUUGGCAGGGCCGAGGCGAUCCGGUGAUUCACAUAGACCUGAUGAAAUGGGCCGACAUCUUUGUGAUAGCGCCGCUGGACGCCAACACUAUGGCGAAGAUAGCCAAUGGCAUAUGUGACAAUUUGCUCACUUGUGUGGCGCGCGCCUGGACCAAUACAAAACCGGCCAUCUUCUGCCCGGCCAUGAACUUCAAUAUGUGGCAACAUCCGACCACUGCGCCGCAGGUGGAACUGCUCAGAUCCUGGGGUUACAAAGAAGUGUCCUGCAUAAAAAAGCUGCUCAUGUGCGGCGACGAGGGGAUGGGUGCAAUGGCCGAGGUGGAUACGAUCGUGCAAACCACCGUGCGCAUGUUGGAGCCCCGGGAUUCUUACAUGUAUUCGGCAUCCUAAACGGCGUCGUCAUCCUCCAUCGACGAUGCGAGCAUUAACGAGAACGUGCUGUCAUAGUCCUUGUCAAGACAUGUGCUACGGACGCGCUUCAUUCAAAUACACGCAGACUUCACUUGGUUAGGGCCGUGUACAAGUUAGCGAAGGUACUAAUGAUGAGUAUUUUGUUGAGCAUCCUCAAUUGUAAGCAUUUUUCAGUGUUACUUUAGUAACAAGCCUCGAAGGAAGCGCCAACUCGUAACUAUCUCGUGUAAUUUUGCAUUUAUUUGAUAUGUUUCUAUUAUGAGGGAUAAAUCAAGCCAAGUAUUGUAAAAAAUAAUAUGCGACGUUCACGAUAUGACGAAUAAAAAUUUACGGAAGGGAAACGGGAUUGUCGGUAAUUUUCCUGAGAAAUUACAGUUUCGCAGUUUACGAUACACAUUUAUUUAUCUGAGAUAAAUAAGUACGAAAUACUUUUCACUGGUGCCAUCGGGAGAGUCUAUAAUUAUUUAUGAAACGAUAUCGAUAAGCGGGGAUAACGAGGAAAAUGUUGAUUUGUUGUUAAUAAAUUUCUUCCGGAUA